AUGAGACAUCCUUUCAGGCGUGAUAGGAACCAAUUUCGUGUUAGACAUGCCGAAAAAGCUGAUGCACCCCCGCUAUUAACGGGAGAGCAAAUAUGGGCAGAAGUCUGUAGACUUCCUACCGUUUAUGAUGGCGUCCCGCAUGGAUCAAGACACUAUAGAAAGCCYGCAGGUUUUGGAGUAACUCACAAUUGGGUAAAGCGGAGCAUUUUCURGGAGUUGCCCUAUUGGCAUACUUUGUUAAUUCGGCACAACCUGGAUGUAAUGCACAUUGAAAAGAAUGUGUUUGAUAAUCUGUUUCACACGAUUAUGGAUACACCAAAAUCAAAGGACAAUAUAAAAUCAAGGAAAGACAUAGCAGAAUAUUGCAACCGACCGGAGUUGCAUAUACGUGAGGAACGAAAUAAAGUAUUUAAACUGAAAGCCACUUACACAUUGAACAAAGAGCAAGUACCAAAGGUGUGUGGUUGGUUGAAGAAGUUGAAAUUUCCAGAUGGCUAUGCUUCCAACAUAGGGGCAUUAGUAAAUGUUGAAGAUGGUAGUUUCUAUGGCUUCAAGAGUCAUGAUUGUCACGUGUUCAUGCAAAGAUUGCGCCCUAUUUACAUUAGAGGGAUGGUACCGAAUCCAAUAUGGGACGCUAUCACUAAGUUGUGCACAUUCUUUCGUGCAAUAUGCUCGAAAGUGGUCCAUGUUGACGACUUGCUUCAAUUGCAGACGACAAUAGUUGAAACUAUAUGCAAGUUGGAAAGAGUAUUUCCACCAGGGUUCUUUGAUUCCAUGGAACACCUUGUGGUACAUCUAGCGCGUGAAGCAUUAGUWGGUGGUCCGGUUCAAUAUCGAUGGAUGUAUCUCUACGAGAGACGUCUAGGGUCCUUGAAAAGGACAGUAAGAAACAGAGCAAGGGUAGAAGGGUCGAUUGUUGAGGCAUAUUUGGUUAACGAACUAUCUACCUAUUGCUUGUUGUAUUUUGAACCAACGGUAGAGACGCGGCUAAAUCGUGAGCCUCGGAAUUUUGCCCCUGAAUGUUCGUCUUCCGAUAUGAGGUUAAGCAUAUUUAAGACCCCGUCUCGGAAACUAUAUGGUAAGGCUGGAACACACUGUCGGCUACAAGAUGGGGAUCUACACAAGGCUCACACAUACAUCUUGUUGAAUUGUGAAGAAGUAUCUCCUUUGAUUGUAGUGUUCGAUGAAGAGGUUAAACGUAACGAGCCAUAUAUUGAUGAAGCGGGGCUCGAUAGACGAAGAAGUGAAGAUUUUGCAGGUUGGUUUGAGACCUACGUUAUGUCUGGGUAUGACCCCAUUACCAAUCGUCUAAAAAUUUUGGCUUCAAGACCACUCCGUUAUGCUAUUCAACACCCUGGGUUUUUCGUAAAUGGUUACAAGUUCCAUACCCUAACACACGGUACCGGUCGCACCACUCAUAACAGUGGAGUAUGCGUGAGAGGCUCUUGUUACUCAGAGUAUGAGUUUCACUACUAUGGGUUGUUGGAUGAAGUCCUAGAGAUAGAAUAUCAUGGGUAUGGACUCAGUCGUUGUACUGUACCGAUAUUCAGAUGCACAUGGUUUGAUACAGUUAAUGGCGUUCGAGUUGACCCAAAACAUAAUAUUAUGGACGUUAAAUAUAGAUCAAGACUUCGUUCAGAUGACCCAUUUAUUCUAGCAUCACAAGCUGAACAAGUAUAUUAUGUACCUUAUCCAUCAAACUCAUUAAAGGAUUGUUGGUCUAUGGUGAAAACAAAGCCAAGAGGGGUCUAUGACUUAGCGUCAUGUGUAACCGAAGUACCUUCCGAUGAAAAUGUGGAUGAGGAACAAUUUUUUCAAGAAAAUGAUAGAAUAACAUCCAUAGGUACAAACGAAGAAGUAUAUGAACCCAUCUGUCUUGUCACGGAGGAAGAAGACAUAGAAGUUGCCAWUGAUGGUCGUGACAACUGGCAUGUUGACGAGAGUAGUGACAAAGAAGAGUUUGAAGACUCCGAUACUGACUCAGAUGAAGAAGAACCUGACUUGUCUGAUCACUCAUCAGAUGAUUAA